AUGCGUCCCAGCUCGACGCUCUCCCUGCUGGCUCUGGGCUCUGUUGCCCAGGCCGCGGUUUCUCUUGAGAAUAGCAGCCUCCCUCCUCGAGAUAUCGAGAACAUCGAGAGGGCUAUUGAGGCAAGAAGCUUGGCCGAUGAUAUAUGGAACGAUAUCAAGAAUGCUGCGACGUGCACUGCUUGCCAGGGCAUUCUCGUCCUUCUCAAGGGCAUCGCUGUAUUUGGAGAUGGAGCGUUUGUCAGCGUGGCUACGGAACUCUGCAAGCUCGCAAAGGUUGAAGACAACGAUGUGUGCGAGGGCACCGUGGCACUAGAGGGCCCCAUCAUUGCGGAUGCUAUCCGAAACAUGGAUCUCGGGUCCGAUACAUCAAAGCUCUUCUGCGGAUCAUUCCUUGGCCUUUGCCCUGAGCCCUCUGUUCCUCAGUGGAAGAUCCCCUUUCCCUCUCCGAAGCCACAGACUGGUCGUCCUGCGUCGAGCGGGAAGACGCCUCUCAAGGUGGUUCAGUACUCGGAUAUUCACAUUGACCCUCUUUAUGUGUCUGGCUCAAGCUCGAAUUGCACCAAGCCCAUCUGCUGCAGACCUUAUACCGCAGCUGAUGAGCCUGGCCACUCAACAUCGCCUGCUGGGCCAAAUGGAGAUCACAAGUGCGAUACUCCUGUCGGCUUAGAAAUUAGCAUGUAUCAGGCCAUCAAGAACAUUGUUCCAGAUGCUGCCCUAACACUCUUCACGGGCGAUAUUGUUGACCACGCAAUCUGGAACACCUCACAGCCUUACAACCAGAAGCAAAUUUCUGACGCAUACACUUAUAUGAGCCAAUAUCUGGGUAUCGUUUACGGUACCGCUGGUAACCAUGAAUCCAAUCCCACAAAUGCUUUUCCUCCCAAGUCCAUCAGCAACUCAUCGCAAUGGGUAUAUGAUGCCCUAUCUGACCAAUGGACACGCUGGGUGGGAGCCUCAGCGGAAUCCGAGAUUGAAAGUAUCGGCGCAUACUCUACCAAGUAUCCUAAUGGCAACUUGAGGGUCAUCUCUCUUAACACCAACUUUUACUACCGCAUGAACUUUUGGUUGUAUCAGGAGGGCAUUGAGCAGGACCCUGACGGUCAAAUCCAAUGGCUGGUGAAUGAGCUCGACGCUGCGGAAAAGGCAGGAGAGAGAGUUUACAUCAUUGGACACAUGCCCCUUGGAGAAGGCGAUGCUUUCCACGCAGGGUCAAACUACCUUGAUCAAGUUGUGAACCGCUACUCGUCAACCAUUGCCGCCAUGUUCUUCGGCCACACGCACGUCGACCACUUUGAGGUCAGCUACUCCGACUACAACAGCCGAGAUGCCUCGCAUGCUGUCAUGGCCUCUUACAUCUGCCCCUCGCUGACACCUACCUCGGGCAUGCCCUCGUUCCGAGUAUAUGAUGUCGACCCGGAGACGUUUGCGGUGCUCGACACCACGACCUACAUUGCUGACAUGACCAAUUCGGAUUUCCAAACAACCGGCCCCGUGUGGACGAAGCUUUACUCCGCCAAGGAGACGUACGGCUCCAAGCUGAACCCCCCCGUCACAAAAGCAAGUGCCGAGCUGACGCCCGCGUUCUGGCACAACGUAACGGCCUUGUUCGAGUCAAACUCGGACGUGUUCAACCAGUACAUCUCGCUCAAGAGCCGUGGCUGGAACGUCGCCUCGUGCACUGGGGACUGCCAGAAGCAAGAGCUCUGCCAGCUUCGAGCUGGUCGUAGCGAGAACAACUGCGUGGUUCCUUCAAUCGGCCUUCACCUGAACAAGAGAUCGGAUGAGCUGCACGGUCACUCGCAUCACCGAUCCCACGACCACCAGGAAUGCGGCAUGUCGGCAGGCAUGAAGACGCUGGGCUCUUUGGCUGUGAGGAAGGAUUUGUUGGAUGAGCUGGAGACCCGGGCCAAUGAGUUGAAAGCCAAGGCUUGA